AUGGAUAAUUAUUCACAAAACUCAAAAGGUAAGUAUCAUGUUUUCUUGAGUUUUAAGAGAGAAGACACGUGCUUAGGCUUCACCGAUCAGCUAUAUGCAGCUUUGGUGUGCAAGAGUAUAAUUACUUUCAGAGAUGAUGAAGAACUUGCAAGAGGUGAAGUAAUCUCAGAAAAGCUACUCCGUGCCAUUGUAGAAUCUCUCUCAGCAGUUGUCAUAUCUCCAAAAACUAGACUUAUAUUCAACUCUGAUGCAAGAUUGGAAGAAUUAUAUUCGACUCUGAAUCAUUUCUCUUAA